CUCCACAGCCCACUCAACCCAUUCGUCGGAAAACUUAAGCUACAAGUUCUCCCAAAAUUCUCUCAAAAUGGCCAGAAGCGGCAGCAGCAGCAAGCUCACCAAACUCAAGUCGGUCCUCAAGAAGCUCAACUCCUUCAACGCCAAGCUCAGCCGAGGCGGGAGCUCGAUCGCCGCCGCUUCCAUCGCCGACGACUCCAACUCCAACUCCACCUCCUCCUCCUACUCCGUCGGCAGCGCCGGGGACCUGCGGCCGGUCUACGUCGGGAAAUCGCGGAGGCGGUACCUCCUGAGCCCCGACAUUGUGGACCACCCGCUGUUCCGGGAGCUGGCGGAGCGCUCCGACUGCGGCGGCGACAACAUAAGCGUGGGGUGCGAGGUCGUGUUGUUCGAGCAUUUGCUUUGGAUGCUCGAGAACGCCGAUCCCCUGCCGGAAUCGGUCGACGAGCUCGCCGAUUUCUACGCCUGCUGAUUAUUAUACACAUCCGAUCCCGCUAUCUUCGGUUUCAUUAAUUCGUAGUAGGAGAAAAGUGAAAUCAAUAAAAUCCAUGAUGCCGGCGUACGCCGGAAACAGAAAGGUGAUCGAGGAGAGCGUGAUCCGGUGCGGUCAUCUCUAUUUAUGUACAGAGGUGGCGGGGAAGAGCGGUAAAUCGACGGUAAUAAGUUGCGGUGGGUUUGAUCAGCUGGCCAUCUAGAGAGAGAGAGAUUGAAAAAAAAGAAAAGGGAAAAUAAAACCAACAUUGAGGAAAGUAGAUUAGAGAGAGAAGUUAGGGAGAGAGGGGAGGGAUUGGUGUCGAACCGUGCGGAUAUUGCGGGUUAGAGCAGAUCAAUUACCAGCUAAUCACACUCUCUUUUCAGGUCAGGUCGGGUUGAGUCGGGUCUAAAUUUCCAGUCCGGCCCGAUCGGAUGGAAUUUGAGAACACACUUUGUAAUGUAUAUUUGCAUUCUUAAUUAAUCAAAGAAAUCCAAUAUUACCUUUCGUGGUUUUGAUGGGUCGUUUAUUUAGUGAUAAAAACAUGCUAUUUUAUGUAUAGUUCUUCUAUUUUUCAGUCGUGACAAUUGUUCUUGAUUGAUUAGCACCUUAUAACGGAUAAUUCUCAUUGUAUAUUUUAUCCUUCUUAAAAUGCCUAUGACAGACAGAAGUGCAUCCAACAUUAAUGUUUAUUUUAUUUAAUUUUUAUAUUAAUUAUACUCGGUAAAUCAACCAUAUCCUCUUCUAAGAUCAUGAAUUCUUCAUACAUUUCGCACAAGUCAACAACUCAUUUUGUAGUUUGUUGACUUAUCGUUCACUUCAUUUGAUGCUUCUUCUUUGACGAAAGUGAGUAAAUAAGCAUAUGGGAAAUGUAGUUAACGAGAGCAAAACCUAAAAAAAAUUAGGUACGUAAUCAAAUGAUGGAUUAACAAUUUUUUAUGCGAAAUUCGCCUUACAGACAUCAAUUGUAGCAUAAUAUUUCAUCCCCAGUUUCUCACUGAGACCAACACAAAAAUGGGAACACUUGUAAUUAAAUUGGGUCAUUCAAAUUUCACUGUUAGUUACAAGUUGUAACAGAUAACACUGAACAAAUGAUACCAUUUAAAAUGUGUUGUACAUACAUCAUUGUAUCGAUAACCUCAAUUUUCAUGCUUGCCGGCCAUCUGUAGAUUGGAAAAGUAUUCACAAAUAUAUUGUUAAUUUAUAAGAUCAUGCAGUAUUUUUUUAGGUAGUCAAUCAAGUGAGUAACUUUCCAUAAACCCUUAAUUAUCAGGAUGAGAGGGACGUCAGCAAACUAACCACUCCCUCCAUAUAGUGCUGUCCAAUCUACCAAGAGCACAAGGACUAUAUCCAUUGAAUAGGGUAAUUGAAGCUUAAAUAAAGACACUAAUUAUCUGUAUCGUUUUGUAAUGACACUUAUUUAUUUAUAUUAUUAAGACUUAAGAGCACCAGAUAACAACAAUCAUGUUCACAAUUAGAUUUAUAUUAUGCUAGCUGGGUCAACAAAAGAAAAAUCGUCAGAGACAGAAUUUUUAGGGUGGAACCGCAAAUCUAUUAUUAUUUAAUUAAAUUAUUAUAGGCAGAAAGCACGGAUUUUAUUUUGGCAGCAAAUAUUCCUUUCAUUAAUAUAUUAUUUUUGUUUCGGCCCGGUCCAUUUCUUCUUUAAUUUAAUUGAAGAUUGGGGGAGAUUAUUAUUAUCUAUCUACACAAUAUAUUAUGCACUUUACUCUAUGUCAUUGUUGCCACCUUGCACUUUGAUUGGUUCUCCUUAUUUGAUGGAAGGGCAACUUUGACAAUUUAUCAAACACUCAAGGGUUACUCAUUAUUAUUGGACUUUUGGUUUUCUUUUUAGUAAAUGCGAUUAGGAUUA